AGAUACACGUGAAUUAGAGCGAACAAAGCAGUAUGUAAAUGAAGCUUUUCAAGCAGGGGCUAUGACAUGCUUAAUUUGUAUUGCUUCAGUGAAGAGAAACCAAGCAGUUUGGAGUUGUUCAGGAUGUUUCUGUAUUUUUCAUAUGCCCUGUAUCCAGAAGUGGGCUAAAGAUAGCCAGUUUCUGGUAUCUUCUCCUUUGACAGAUGAUGACUUUGGAAAGAGAGAUUAUCCUUGGCCUUGUCCAAAAUGUAGGUUUGAAUACAAACAAUCGGACACACCUACUAGGUACUAUUGCUAUUGUGGAAAGGUAGAAGAUCCACCUUUAGAUCCAUGGCUUGUGCCUCAUUCAUGUGGCCAAGUAUGUGAGAGAGAAUUUAAACCUCCUUGUGGCCAUAAGUGUUUACUUCUUUGCCAUCCAGGUCCCUGCCCUCCUUGUCCAAAAAUGGUCACAAUCACUUGUUACUGUAAGAAAGGAAAACCGAUUCCUCGUAGGUGCAGUGCCAAGGAGUGGUCGUGUCAGCUGCCAUGUGGGCAGAAAUUGCUGUGUGGACAACAUAAAUGUGAAAAUCCUUGUCAUGCAGGGAGUUGUCAGCCCUGUCCCAGAGUUAGCAGACAAAAGUGUGUCUGUGGCAGACAAGUAGCUGAAAGAAGCUGUGCCAGUCCACUAUGGCACUGUGAGCAAGUUUGUGGGAAAACACUGCCAUGUGGUAACCACACAUGUGAGCAAGUUUGCCAUGUUGGAGCUUGUGGAGAAUGUCCUCGAUCUGGGAAGAGAUUCUGUCCAUGUCAGAAGUCAAAAUUUUCUUUGCCUUGUACCGAAGAUGUACCAACUUGUGGAGACAGUUGUGACAAAGUACUUGAAUGUGGAAUUCAUAGGUGUUCACAGCGUUGUCACCGAGGACCUUGUGAAACUUGUAGACAAGAAGUGGAAAAGCAAUGUCGUUGUGGAAAGCAUACAAAACGAAUGCCCUGUCAUAAGCCUUAUCAGUGUGAAACUAAAUGUGUUAAGAUGCGUGACUGUCAGAAGCAUCAGUGUAGGAGAAAGUGUUGCCCUGGAAACUGUCCACCCUGUGAUCAAAACUGCGGACGGACUUUAGGAUGUAGAAACCAUAAAUGUCCAUCUGUCUGCCACAGAGGCAGUUGUUAUCCCUGCCCAGAAACUGUAGAUGUGAAGUGCAAUUGUGGUAACACAAAGGUGACAGUGCCCUGUGGCCGAGAACGAACCACAAAACCACCCAAGUGCAAAGAGCAAUGCAGUCGACCACCAACUUGCCAUCAUACAAGUCAAGAAAAGCAUCGCUGUCACUUUGGCUCUUGUCCACCAUGUCAUCAACCUUGCCAGAAAGUUUUGGAGAAAUGUGGUCACUUAUGUCCUGCUCCAUGUCAUGAUCAAGCAUUAAUAAAGCAAACUGGCAGGCACCAGCCUACAGUCCCUUGGGAACAGCUUUCUGAGCCAGCAUUUAUUCAGACUGCAUUACCUUGUCCUCCAUGUCAAAUUCCUAUUCCUACGAUAUGUCUUGGGAAGCAUGAGGUGAGUCCUCUACCAUGCCAUGCUGUAGGACCCUACUCUUGUAAGAGGGUUUGUGGAAGAACCUUAGCUUGUCAGAAUCAUACUUGUAUGAAAGAAUGCCACAAAGUAACUGAACUUGACAAUGCCACUGACAAAAACAAGGCUGGCCCAGAAUGUCUUCAGUGUGAGGAAGGGUGCUCUAAAUCACGACCACUGGGUUGUCCUCACCCAUGUGUUUUGCCAUGUCACCCUGGAGAAUGUCCUCCUUGUGUUCAGAUGCUUAGAAUAAAAUGUCACUGCAAGAUCACAAGCCUAUAUGUGGAAUGUAGAAAAAUAACUACAGCUGAUGUAAAUGAAAAGAACCUCCUCAGUUGUUGCAAAAAUCAGUGUCCUAAAGAGCUUCCUUGUGGCCAUAGGUGCAAAGAAAUGUGUCAUCCCGGUGAAUGUCCAUUUAAUUGCAACCAGAAGGUAAAACUUAGAUGUCCUUGUAAAAGAAUUAAAAAGGAAUUGCAGUGCAACAAAGUACGUGAAAACCAGAUUUCAAUAGAAUGCGACACCAUGUGCAAGGAAAUGAAGCGAAAAGCAUCUGAGAUAAAAGAAGCAGAAGCCAAAGCUGUGCUUGAAGAGGAGAAACGAAGACAGCAGGCUGAGCUGGAGGCUUUUGAAAACAGACUGAAGGGUCGCCGGAAGAAGAAUAAGAAAAGAGAUGAAGUGACAGUCGAGCUAACACUGUGGCAAAAAUAUAAAUAUUACCUUCUUCCAGGGUGUGCUGUUAUGGUUGUAGUGUUUGCGUGGUAUAUAGUCCACAAUGUGGAUUAGAAUUUUUUAUCUGUUAAUAUACCUCAGAUUGGACUUAAAUUGUUAAAUUUGGAUUAUAAAAAAUAUAUUGUAAAACAUGAUAGUUACAUUCAUCUGUGUUUUCUCUUUCAGCUGUUGUUAGCAGGACAGAUGUUAAGCUUUAUCUUAAUUAGCAUAUUAGAAAUGGUAAUAUGACAUUGUUUAACAGUAAAGGCAUGACUGAAAUUGCAAAUUAUUUCAUAAGGCAUAAUUAGUGACAGGGCAACAUCUUGUUCAUUGUGCUUCCUUGUAUUAACGUAGUUGUUCCAUUUACUAUUUCAAACCAAAUUUUUUUUUUUUGUAAAAUUAAGAUGAAACUGAGCCAUAUGUGCAAUAAGAAUAUUUCACAAUGUUUUGGUUACUCAUUAAAAGGUACUUUUCUUGAUCAUGUAACUUUGUACUUUUUUUAAAAAAAUAUGAUUCCUGAAAAAGUCUCUUAAAUUGUAACAUGAAGCUAUAUAAUUAUAUUCCAAAAGUUGGUUUAUUAGUGAUGAAUUUUUAUUAGCUUUUGAAGUAAAUUUUGGAGUAGUAUGUUCCUCAUAGGAAAAUACAAUUGUUUAAAAAAAAAAAAAAGUCAGGUUAAAUUCCUCACACGUGGUUACUUCUUGUGUCAAAGCUUUUAACUGAAGUUGGCAUGUUUUGUAAAACUUGUGUCUUUUCAAAGUAAUGCUAAAAUAGAAGGUAAUAUUUAUGAGCAAUAAGUGCUGAGCACAAGGCUUUUGAGCUUUGUGUACUUUAUUCUCACUUUUUCUUACUGUCUUCCAAUAAGUAGAUUUCAGUUGGAGAUAAUCAGUUCUUAUGAAAACAAGCUAAUAGAGAAAUAUCAGCAAGCAAAAUCUGUUUGAAUUGUAAGUCAUUUAAGUAGUCUUACUAUUUAAUUUUUUGUAUGAUUGUUUUCAUUAAAAUUUUUCAUAACAAAUUUGUAACCUAUAACAUUUACUAUUUAAAAUAUUUGCAAGUCUGAUUUUAGGCAAGGCAUUAAUAUUAGUACAUAAAUUGAAAAAUAAAGUACUUGGUAGGUACUAAAAGGCAGUAGAAGUGUGUUUUAAACAGAAGUACAAAAGAGGGCCUUUAAAUUUUGCUGAAUUUAAACUCACAUUGUAAAAAUGCCCAUCAGGCCCCCCCUGGUGGCUCAGCGGGCUAAAGCACAGCACU